AUGCUUGAACUAGUUAACCUGGUCCCAGGUGACUCAGGUGGUAGGUCUCCCACUCUCCUGAAGCUUGUCAUCACCCCUCCCCCUGGAUCACCUCUCCCCCUGGAUCACCUCUCCCCCUGGAUCUCCUCUCCCCCUGGAUCUCCUCUCCCCCUGGGUCACCUCUCCCCCUGGAUCACCUCUCCCCCUGGGUCACCUCUCCCCCUGGGUCACCUCUCCCCCUGGGUCACCUCUCCCCCUGGGUCACUCCUCCCCCUGGGUCACUCCUCCCCCUGGGUCACUCCUCCCCCUGGGUCACUUCUCCCCCUGGGUCACUCCUCCCCCUGGGUCACUCCUCCCCCUGGGUCACUCCUCCCCCUGGGUCACCCUCCCCCUGGGUCACCUCUCCCCCUGGGUCACCUCUCCCCCUGGGUCACUUCUCCCUCAGCCAUCCAGUCAUGGAGGAGGAUCUGUUCCAGAACAGGCCUCUUAGUGGGAUCCUGCUACAGUCACCAGCUGAUCAACUCCUCACACUCUACAACCAUCCACUGCCCCAUCCCCAGCCCUCUCUCCAAGCCCCCUCACCAGCCCUCUAUCCCCCCCACCCUCAUCCUCAGUCCCAGCCCUCUCUCCAAGUCCCCUCACUAG